AUGGAUACGGCGCAAGCGAUCAACGACAUCCUGAAAGCAGCAUGCGAUCCCGCUCUCUUGACGUCCCGCCUGGGAUGUAUCAUGGGCGACCUGAAAAUGCACCGCCGCGUUCAGAGAGCUUUCCCGGACGACCGCGAGUUGGAGACUCUCUUGUUAGAGCUCAACAUGCCCCUGAUUUACUGCAUGUCAGAGGAAGUCUUGGACGACGACCGGAUUCUGCACAUGGCAGGGGAAUACGGGGACAAGGAAGCAUUCGGGGAGCUCACUCUGGAGGCGUUGCAGAUGAAGCAGUUCCACCCGAACUGCGUGUCAUCGCAUUGGAGGGGGGCGGCGACCCUCCUCUAUGGUGGCAAUACAUGGUCGACUUUGUUCGCUGGUGGCAAGACGGACAACUACCGCAACCUGACUUCCACGGAGGGUUGGAAGCGCCUUGGUGGACUCCUGGAGGACACAUGGCCAACGGUGUUGGCGCUUUUGCCAACAAUACCGACAACAACCAACCCCAUGGGCGAGGAAGCUGUUUGGACUCACGACCAGGGCAUGGAUGACAUUGAAACGGCUGGCAGCACGUGCAUUGACUUUGUCAGAAGAUCCAUUCAUGGAAUUGGAUGCCUCACAAUCGUUUCUCAGUGCCUACGGCACAGUUUGCAUGCCGGCGUUGCCCUUCUAUGGGAUCCGAUCAGAAGAAGAUGUGAAGAAGCAGCUUGUGCUUUGGAAGCGCAAGCCGGUGCCGUCGGAAGUCGUGAUGCACGCGACAAUCGACAUGGCAACCAUGGAUUGAGUCAUCAGCUCAUCCCCACCCCUACAGAGGAAAUGCACUCCUUCCUCGACUGGGUGGAGAACGUGGGAGUGAAUUUUGCGGACACAUUGUUCAUUUUGGCUGAUCUUAUAGCCAUGCAUGCCACCGGCAUUGUUCACUUUUUGUAUUUGAGAAUCCGACGUUUGCUUUGGGACGCCGGGUGUUUCACUUUCAACGUGCUUUCUCAAUGGGAAAUAGCGGCGCCGAGCUUGUUCGUCGAGCCGAAGCUCUUCGUGGAGAAGCCCUGCUACAUGCGCUGGCUGAUGGACGACUUCUACGAGCUGGAGUUCUUGGUGGAGCUGCGCUUCUAUGUGCACUAA